AUGGAUGACUGUGUGGCUAUUUCCGAGUCUGAACUCACGUCGCUCUAUGAGAGGUAUCCCGAAAUCAGAUUCGAGAUUAGCGAGGAACCACUGAUUGCCGGUUCACACUUCUCGUCACCCUGUUCAAACGAUACUGAUGGCGACAACACUCAAUUGUACGGGAAGUCCGAAUCUACAGCCUGUACAACUCCGUUUCAUCGAAGAUCGCAUGCCAAUGAUUCCCAUGAUGGACACACCACGUUGACCUUCCUCGAUAAUGUUCGAAGGGCAAAUUUACCAGACAGCUGCCGAAAUGGGUUCAGCAACCUUACAAGACUGGUGGAGAGUCUUGGUCGUCUGUUCCCGUCCCAGACUGAUCAACAUUUAGAGCUUCCGCGCGACCUAGACAAACAAGAAAUACUUUCUCAGGGCGAAGCGUUAUUGGACCAGCUUCACCAGGUCAACCUCAACGUUGAAGAACAGGUCAACAAUAUCGCUUACGUGCGCGGGUUGGCGCCAUUCACGGUAAACCCAUCAGAACAAGACCUAUGGACGAACUAUCGACAGAAGGUUCAGCUGAUUGUUCAGUACACCGCACUGCCAUGUCAGACAGAACGAAACCUUGUCGAAGGUUGGGCACACCUCUUUCACGACCUUGUCUAUGAACCCUUCCUGAAAUAUGUGUAUCCCUGUAAUGUCGGCCAUGACGUUGAGGAUCGCAUCAACGAGCUCUAUGACGAAGCCAUGUCCCUUCUUGGUAAUUACCAGAUGUGGUGUCGCGGCAUGAUGGACCUCCGGCAAAAUUACAUGAUCCCUGCUCGACGAGCAAUACGGAACUCUCCCCGAGUUUUGCAGGAAAUAAAGGAGAUGGAAGCGAGCAAGGCAGCAGCAAGGGCUGCCAUCAACUUGACAGAGGCACAAGGAAUGCAGCUAGCAACAGAGAGGCUUGUGAAGGAGCUCAACCUGUCUGCCAGUCGCAGACGAUGGACAAUACCUAAGAAAAUGAAGCAACAAUAUCGAAGGGAGCAUACGGUGUAG